AAAUGGCGUCUGCGAGACCAACCGAUAUUUUAUGAAAAGUUUAUCUUGUGACAUAAUAAUGUCAGAGGUGAUUAACAAUAACAAUACAGAUGACUUGGGUACAGAGACAGAUGUUACACACCAGAAGAGCUUGGCGAUGCAGGAAGAGAGUAUGGGGCCACUUAGGGAAGACCUUGCUGAUUGGAUCGCUAAAACUCUAGAAAUUGAUAUAUCAUCUGGGAACUUUAUGGAUGUGUUAGACAAUGGUGUGUAUUUGUGUGAUCUGGCAAAUGUGAUUCACAAGAAAGCUGAGGAGUGUGUGCAAGAGGGCAAAUGCACUGAGGAAAUACCAAAAGUACAUCUAAAGUGUAGACGGAAUGCUCAGUCUGGGAGCUGGUUUGCUAGAGACAAUUCAGCCAGUUUUCUCAAGUGGUGCAAAUCAUUCAAAAUGCAAGACGAUUGUUUAUUUGAGUCGGAGGAUUUAGUAUCCCACAAGUCAGAGCGUCAGGUGAUAGUGACGUUGCUAGAACUUGCUCGCAUUGGCUACAAGUUUGGAUUAGAACCACCCAAUAUUAUCAAAAUAGAGAAAGAACUGGAGCAGGAGGAGCAACAACCAGAGGAAGCUCCGCCCCCAAAACCUAAGCCGCCUCCUUCAGCUAGGUCAAGACCACUAAAUUUAGAUGAAGAGGUACGGAAGAUGGCAGCAAAAUGUCAGUGUUCAGAACAUGUGACUAGGAUAAGAGAAGGAAAAUAUAUGGUGUUUGGAAAAGCUGUGAUAAUUAGAAUGUUGAAAAAUAAUGAUAAGAAUAAGCUGUUGAAAAAUCGCCAUUUGAUGGUGCGAGUUGGUGGAGGUUGGGACACGUUAGAACACUACCUCAUAAAGCAUAAUCCUGUGUUCGCAGUUGAACAUCGACGCAAAUCUAGUAUAGACUAUCUGGAGGGAGAAGACGUUUUAGAAGGGAAAUUCUUAUAUAUCAAAUCAAAAUACAAAACAUGAAGUGUUUUCAACUCCACAAAGCCGGUUUAGUGUUAAACAUUCCAAAAAAGGGUAUUUUCUUAUAUACUUAAUUGUUAAAAUUGUUAGAGAAUUUAUAUUUUCUAUUUGUUAGAGUUGCUGAAUCAUUUAAAUGGUUGUUUGAAUUUAUUGUGGUCUGGGAGUGGAUACAGAUGUGAAGAAUUUCAAAUUGGAAUACAGUGAGAUCAUUAAUAUUCAUGAGGGACUAUUUUUGACGAGUUUUAUGGUUGAGUCAACUCACAAAAUUCAAUCCUUACGAACAAGUAAAAUUCCAGAAAUUCUGUUAUAUGUUCAAAAGGUCAAAAUCCAUGAUUUUAUAUCCUCAUGGAAAUUGCCAUUUUGGUAAAGAACACUAAAUUUCUUGCCUACAAAAUGAAAUUACUUCUGAAUCAGUGUAAUUGAUAUUUUGUGUUGGAGCAAAUUCAUCAUCUUUUCAAAUUAAGCAAUAUACCAAUAGAUAGAAUGUGGAUUGCUGAUCAAGUAGAAAAGGAUUUUUAAUCAGUUCCGUCCUUGUGUUUAUUCUUUAUGCUCACAAAUUAUACAUACUCACAUUAUAUGCAAUUUAAUGGUUGUGAAGAAGCUCCCAAGGUUAAUUCAGUCAUGUAGUGUAUACUUUUGUUAUACCCCCACCAAACAUGUUUGAGGGGGGUAUAUAGGAGUCAGUUUUGUCGCGUCCGUCCCGUCCCGUCCCUUCCCGAAAUCUAUUAUCUCAGUUAUUACCAAAUGGAUUUGAUUCAAACUUAAAAUACAUGUUCCACCUUAUCACCCACAUCAUGUGACACAAGGUGCAUAACUCUUGACACCAAGUUUUCAUGAAUUAUGUCCCCUUUUACUUAGAAUUUAGGGUUAAUUUUGCUGUAUUUUCACUCUAUCUCAGUUAUUACUAAAUGGAUUUGAUUCAAACUUAAAAUAGAUGUUCCACCUCAUCACCCACAUCAUGUGACACAAGGUGCAUAACUCUGACACCAAUUUUUUUAUGAAUUAUGCCCCUUUUUACUUAGAAAUUAAGGUUGAUUUUGAUGUAUUUUCACUAUAUCUCAGUUACUACUGAAUUGAUUUGAUUAAAACUUAAAAUAGAUGUUCCACCUCAUCACCCACAUCAUGUGCCCACAUCAUGUGACACAAGGUGCAUAACUCUGACACCAAGUUUUCAUGAAUUAUGUCCCCUUUUACUUAGAAUUUAAGGUUAAUUUUGUUGUAUUUUCACUAUAUCUCAGUUAUUACUAAAUGGAUUUGAUUCAAACUUAAAAUAGUUGUUCCACCUCACCACCUACAUCAUGUGACAUAAGGUGCUUAACUCUGACAUAAAUUUUUUAUGAAUUAUGUCCCCUUUUACUUUAAAUUUAAGGUUGAUUUUGAUGUAUUUUCACUAUAUCUCAGUUAUUACAAAAUGGAUUUGAUUCAAACUUAAAAUAGAUGUUCCACCUCAUCACCCACAUCAUGUGACACAAGGUGCAUAACUCUGACACCAAUUUUUCAUGAAUUAUGCCCCUUUUUACUUAGAAUUUAAGGUUAAUUUUUAUGUAUUUUCACUAUAUCUCAGUUACUACUGAAUGGAUUUGAUUCAGACUUAAAAUAGAUGUUCCACCUCAUCACCCACAUCAUGUGACACAAGGUGCAUAACUCUGACACUAAUUUUUCUUGAAUUGUGUCCCCUUUUACCUAGAAUUUAAGGUUAAUUUUGAUGUAUUUUCACUAUAUCUCAUUCUGAUUGGCUUAGAGCCAAAGGGAAGUAACCUUUUUUGAACUUUUGUAUGGAGUUUCUUCACCUUAAAUUCCAGGAAUUAGUCUAUUUUUAGAAAUCCUAUUUUUAGAUUUUCAAUAUUUUAGGUAUUUUUCUAACUUUUUUUAUUAUAAGUCCUAUGUAAAAAGUAAAUACAUUUUUCUGUGGUAACAUGGGUCGGUAAGACACUUUUUUGUAUUCACUUUUAGUGUAUCUCUAAUAUUAGAGAUUUAAUAUAUUUACUAGUAUUACUAUGCUAGUAUUAUACUAGUAUUACUUACAUGUGGAAGCCCAGGAUGAAGUACUCCAAAGACUAAGUAUUUUUAAGAUUUCUUAUGGUUGCCAUUCUUCUGUGACAAGACUGUAUGGUGGGGGUAUGAGUCACUCCUGUGACAGUUCUAGUUUGAGUCUGUUAGUGAACAAAAGAUUUUAACUUAAGAUACAAUAGUCAUGUAUUACAUUUAAAAUUUACACAAAUUCAUUUAUUCUGCACACCACAUAUUUAAAUAUUUUAUUACUUUGAUGAAUAAAUUCAAGAUGACUUUGAGUUAGUAUUUUGGUUUGAGGGAGAAUGGAAUGGGGUUGGGGUAUGCAGGAGGCAAAUUGCACCUAAAAAUGGAGUAUUGUUUUAUUAAAACUAUAACUUUUCAAAAGAAAAUUACUGACAAGGCACAGAUGACUUGUGUUUUAAAUAGUUCACACUAUGCUGUAAGCUUGGUUUGUAGGAAACAAUUUUAGGGGAGUAUUUGUAAACAAUAAAGGGGAGUUAGGACAUAUAAUUAUUUAAAAAGGAGACUGGAAUGGAGCUGUUAAAAAAAGUACAAAUGUAUUGUGAGUUGUCACGGGGGAGUCUGCACAUUUUUAUCAGUAUUGUUUGUGACUAAUGUAUGUUUUCUGUUCGAUAUCAUAGCUUCAUAAGCAACAUCUUAGACUUUGAAUUAUUUUGUUCCGUCCACCUGUUGAGUUGUAAAGAGCAAGGUACAAAAAAUAAUUAUUUAUACAAAACAUUUAGGCUAUUUGUUACACAAAGAUAUUUUGCAUUUAUAAGAAUAACAGCCUUGGAUAAUGGUUUUAUGGCAUUUUGCUUUUAAGCUCACCUGAGCAAUGCUCAGGUGAGUUUUUCUGAUCGCUCGAUGUCCGGCGUCGCGUCUGUCGUCUGGCGUCCGUCGUCUGUCAACAUUUAGCUUGUGUAUGCGAUAGAGGCUGUAUUUUUCAAUUAAUCUUCAUGAAUAUUGGUCAGAAUGAUAACCUUGAUGAAAUCUAGGCCGAGUUCGAAAAUGGGUCAUCUCGGGUCAAAAACUAGGUCACUAGGUCAAAUCAAAGAAAAACCUUGUGUAUGCGAUAGAGGCUGUAUUUUUCAUUUAAUCUUCAUGAAUAUUGGUCAGAAUGAUAACUUUGAUGAAUUCUAGGCAGAGUUCGAAAAUGGGUCAUCUCGGGUCAAAAACUAGGUCACUAGGUCAAAUCAAAGAAAAACCUUGUGUAUGCGAUAGAGGCGGUAUUUUUCAAUUAAUCUUCAUGAAUAUUGGUCAGAAUGAUAACCUUGAUGAAAUCUAAGCCGAGUUCGAAAAUGGUCAUCUCGGGUCAAAAACUAGGUCACUAGGUCAAAUCAAAGAAAAACCUUGUGUAUGCGAUAGAGGCUGUAUUUUUCAAUUAUCUUCAUGAAUAUUGGUCAGAAUGAUAACCUUGAUGAAUUCUAGGCAGAGUUCGAAAAUGGGUCAUCUCGGGUCAAAAACUAGGUCACUAGGUCAAAUCAAAGAAAAACCUUGUGUAUGCGAUAGAGGCGGUAUUUUUCAAUUAAUCUUCAUGAAUAUUGGUCAGAAUGAUAACCUUGAUGAAAUCUAAGCCGAGUUCGAAAAUGGGUCAUCUCGGGUCAAAAACUAGGUCACUAGGUCAAAUCAAAGAAAAACCUUGUGUAUGCGAUAGAGGCUGUAUUUUUCAAUUAUCUUCAUGAAUAUUGGUCAAAAUGAUAACCUUGAUGAAGUCUAGGCAGAGUUCGAAAAUGGGUCAUCUGGGGUCAAAAACUAGGUCACUAGGUCAAAUCAAAGAAAAGCCUUGUGUAUGCGAUAGAGGCUGUAUUUUUCAAUUGAUCUUCAUGAAUUUUGGUCAGAAUGAUUGCCUUGAUGAAAUCUAGGCCGAGUUCGAAAAUGGGUCAUC